CUCCAUUCUCGUACGAAGCAGGCAAGUUUUCGGAGGGAAAGGAAGAGAAGGAGAGGCCAUUCUUGAGCGCUUAGGCCUCGUUUGGGGCCUACGGACGAUUAAUGUGGAAGGCCGAGAUCCAGUGACUCCGUUUUGGACCUUCAAACUUGAGGGUUGUUCAACCAAUAACUGUUCUGGCUCUAUUGGUGUGUCCGGCGUUAUCGAGGAUCAUAUUGAAUCGAUCAUCGAUCCUUUGACGGCAGCAUUCAUUCCAUUCGAUCGUCUCUGCAAGAUUUUCAAAGGCUGAAAGUAAGCCUUUUAAUAUUUGAAAGAUGGAUCGGUUCCAACGGACUCCGAAAGAGCUAGCCAAUAUAGUGGAAAAGGGAUCCUGGGCUCUCCAGAGACAUUCGCCUGAGAUGAAUCGAACCUGUUUUGAUCAAAACGGAUAUGAAGAUAUAUUUGGUCUUUGAGCGACGACUAUCCGUACGUUAGAACUUCCAUCAGUUCCAAUGGCAGUUCACCAGGUUUUCAACACUCAUUGAAUUUGGGAACGAUUGGAGGGGAAUCGGACAUCCAUUCUCUUUUUUCUGGAACUUGGCACUUGGAACAAAUGAACAAAAAAGUGUAAAUAGUGCAUUCUCAUCUCUCAAUCGUCAUUAAAACUGGGUCGGAGACCGGACGGAAUCUUUGGCUUCUUAGAAGAAGGCAACGAGACUUUUGGCCUUUUUGGACUUGCGAACGAAGGUCUCCAUUCGCUUUGUGCGUGUCAGUCUCUAUUUCUUGUUUCCACCAACUGACUAAAAGCUUAAAGCAACAUGUCGUCUGGCUCGGUGAAGCAAAACGAUUUAAAUGCCACGAACGAAGUGGAGGAGGAGGAGGACGAGGAGGACGAGAGGAUAAUUAUGGGAAUAGACGAUAUGAUAUCGGAGGAAAGCUUUCAGUCGACGGAUCUGCUCCCCACCAAGUCUGCAUGUCUUGAUGAGACUUUCAACUUAACGAGUGUCAUGUGCUCCAACUUGACCUUCGCCGACCAGGAGAUUGAGGUGGAACAAUCUGAAGAGCUCAACUACACCAAGAUUUCCGUGUUGUCAGUGAUCAUAAUCCUCACCGUGAUUGGAAACAUUUGCGUGAUCCUGGCCAUCUUUUGUCGACAGAUGAAGAUGACUCGCAUGUACUACUUUAUCCUGCAUUUAUCUUUGGCGGACAUUCUCACGGCCUUCUUCACUCUUCUCCCGGAACUCAUUUGGACCUUCACUUGGCCCAAUUUCUAUGGUGGAGACUUUGUGUGCAAGACGGUCAAAUUCCUACAAAUGGUAGGCCCUUACCUUAGUUCGUACGUACUCAUCAUGACGGCCAUCGACCGUUUCCAGGCCAUUUGUCACCCUCUGUCGAAUUGUACCUGGACCCCGAAGCGAUCCAAUAUCAUGAUCACUAUAGCUUGGGUGAUCUCGGUUCUGCUUUGUGUGCCCCAGAUCCUCAUUUUUCACGGGGCCGACGAGACCUCUUGUACAGCUCAUUUUGCGCCUGGUUGGGGCGUCAAAGCAUAUGUCACUUGGUUUGCUUUCUCGAAUUUCUUCAUCCCUUUUGUGGUGUUAGUGUACUGUUAUGGUCGCAUUUGUCAUGCCAUCUGGGACAACUUUAAUAGCAAGACGAGUAACAAGGUCCCCGAGGAGUCGCCCACACGAGCUCGUGGCUCCAUCAAAGGAGGAAAACGAACCCGAGCCCAUUGGCGAAGAAGGAUCUCAAAGGCCCUGGCCAUAAAAGGCCGCGGCACCAAACGAACAAGCCAAGCUCAUAAUGGCCAAUCCGAGCAAAUCAAAAUGCGAUGGAAGUCCACCAAGAAGCCUCAGCAAAUGUUGGAGGAAGACGAGGACACGGGUCAGACUCGAAUCGUCAUCGAGCCUCCGUCAUCCUCACCCAUUCAAAAAGGCAGUGGUGGAUCCAAAAACAAGUCUCAAAACACCACGUCAUUCAUGCCCAAAACAAGCCGACGAUCCCUCAGUCCGGACUCGUCGCCAUCUCCGCCAUUGGGUUGAUCCAAGCGUGUCAUCAACCCCCGAUCUCAUUCCAUUCGUGGCAUCUCAAGAGCCAAGAUGAAGACGGUGAAACUCACCGUCGUGGUCAUAAUGGGUUACAUUAUCUGCUCCACUCCAUUUAUUUGCGUUCAAUUGUGGGCCACUUGGGGCAGACCCUCACACGCAGUCAUGCAAUCAAUCACGUGGCUGUUCUGGCUGUUAACGCUCAACUCCGUCGUGAAUCCAUGGAUCUACAUGUUCUUCAAUGUGAACCUCGUCGAGGCUCUUUGUCGCGCUUGUUGUGCGUAUCAAACCCCGUUUCCCCGGAGGACCAAUGUAACCAAUGGCAUCGGUCUGAGGAGCCGAAGCGAGGCCAAAUGUCCUCGAGGAACCGGACUCCAAAGGAAAUUUAGUCAAUCCGUGACGGGGAUCAUGACCUUGAACGGCAGUCAAGAUCUCAUUCGUUCCCGUUCCAAUACGAAUGGCUCCCAUACAUCGCUCACGUUGCUUACCAAUACCAGCAUUGUCAAGUUGUCCGAGAUGGAGAAGAGGGAAUCUCAAGGAUCCUCCAGUGGGGGAAGUGCUUCCAAAGUGACUUUCGAAGUCGGCAAGGGAACCGUGGCCAUGAUGAACCGGGGCAAUAAGCAGCCAAUCAAGAGUGCUUCAGCCGGAGGAUCUAAUUUGGACCAUGUUCGUCCCAUGGUUUAGGGUCAAUGCUUGGCUGUGAUCGUUUUUUCCCUGAGAUAUUGAUACUUUCUUGUUCGUUGUGUCAAUUGAUGUGGGCUGAGAGUCAACAAUAUUUACUCCGUACUACAAAAAUAUGUGGUGUUGAUCUAUUUUUAUUCAAUGUCUCGUCGUCACCCUUGUAUCACAUGCUGUUUUCCCCUGAGUACAAACACAUAUCUGAUUUUGUCAACUCCAAUCUGCGUAUCUCUGGAUUGGACGAUUGUUGUUUAAUAGUGUUGUCCUCAUUCAGCCUUCGUUUCUCAAUGGGAUUUAAUCUUAUGAUCAAAUUUCAAACCAAUAAAAUAUUAAUUCCCAA